AUCCCUGGUUAAUCAGAAAAGACCACAAGAAGAACAAAGAUAAAAAAAAGAAGAAAAGUAUAGAUCCAGAUUCUAUUCAAAGUGCCUUAUUAGCAUCAGGUCUUGGAUCAAAACGACCUAGCUUUUCAUCUACACCAGUUAUCUCACCUGCUCCUAAUAGUGCACCAGCUAACAGUAACACCAGUAGUAACAAUAGCCUUAUAACAAGUCAGGAUGCUGUGGAAAGGGCCCAGCAGAUGAAGAAAGACCUGCUUGAUAAGCUAGAAAAAUUAGCCGAAGACCUCCCUCCUAAUACUUUGGAUGAACUUAUCGAUGAACUUGGUGGCCCUGAGAAUGUUGCUGAGAUGACUGGCCGUAAGGGACGUGUUGUUAGCAAUGAUGAUGGAAGCAUAUCUUAUGAGUCAAGAUCUGAACUUGAUGUGCCUGUGGAAAUCCUAAACAUCACAGAAAAACAAAGAUUUAUGGAUGGAGAUAAGGUAUGUUUUUCUGGGAUGGUUUUUAGUGAAAGAAUCAAGGCUUAUACAUUUAGAUUAAGGACUAGAUCUCAGAAGAAUAUUCUGUCUCUAGUGAACACAGUGAUCUUGUAUAAAAAUGUCGUUACAGGACGAACUCAUAGAUCAAACCAAGUUACUGCUCCCGAGUAUGUCUUUUUGAUAUCUGAAUUGGCAGGAGAACAGAGAUUUGCAUCUAUUGUUGCUAAAAGACUUGAGAGUUUGGGGGCACUUACACAUGGUGACAGAAGAGCAACAGAAUCCAGAGAUCUGAGCAGAUUUAACUUUGACAAUAAGUAUGGAAGAAAUGCUUUAGAAAUUGUCAUGAAAUCUAUUGUAAACCUGGAUUCUCCCAUGGUAUCACCACCUCCAGACUAUCCUGGAGAAUUCUUUAAAGAUGUUCGACAAGGACUUAUAGGAGUUGGCCUGAUAAAUGUUGAAGAUCGCUCAGGAAUUCUUACUCUCGAUAAAGAUUAUAACAACAUAGGAAAGUUCUUAAAUAGAAUUUUAGGCAUGGAAGUACAUCAACAAAAUGCAUUAUUUCAGUAUUUUGCGGAUACACUUACUGCAGUUGUUCAAAAUGCCAAAAAAAAUGGAAGAUAUGAUAUGGGAAUCUUAGAUCUUGGUUCUGGAGAUGAAAAGGUGAGGAAAAGUGAUGUUAAGAAGUUUCUGACCCCAGGGUAUUCAACCUCUGGCCAUGUAGAAUUAUAUACAAUUAGCGUGGAGAGGGGAAUGUCAUGGGAAGAAGCUACCAAGAUUUGGGCUGAGUUGACAGGACCAGACGAUGGCUUUUACUUGUCAUUACAAAUAAGGAACAACAAGAAAACUGCCAUCUUAGUUAAAGAAGUGAACCCUAAAAAGAAACUUUUCUUAGUUUAUCGACCAAAUACUGGGAAACAGCUCAAAUUAGAGAUUUAUGCUGAUUUAAAAAAGAAAUAUAAGAAGGUUGUCUCAGAUGAUGCCUUGGUGCACUGGUUAGAUCAGUAUAAUUCAUCUGCAGAUACUUGUACUCAUGCUUAUUGGCGUGGCAAUUGCAAAAAAGCAAGUUUGGGAUUAGUUUGUGAAAUAGGUCUGCGUUGCCGUACAUAUUAUGUAUUAUGUGGCUCAGUACUGAGUGUUUGGACAAAAGUUGAGGGUGUUCUAGCAUCUGUCAGUGGCACAAAUGUGAAAAUGCAGAUAGUUCGGCUACGAACAGAAGAUGGACAACGGAUUGUAGGUUUGAUCAUUCCAGCAAAUUGUGUGUCUCCUCUUAUAAAUCUCCUAUCAACUUCAGACCAGUCUCAACAGCUUGCAGUCCAACAGAAACAGCUAUGGCAACAGCAUCAUCCGCAGAGCAUCACCAACUUGAGCAAUGCAUAAAGAACAGACAGGUUUCAACAUAGAUGUAUCUGAAAUGCUGUUGAAGCAUAUCAUUUGCAUAAAAAUCAGGGACAGUUUCCAAAGAAUUAUAUAUUUUUUUCAGUUGUGCUCUCUAGUUAAUUUUUUGGGAGUAAGGACAAACCUGGAAUAGAUAGCAAAAUUGAAAAUCAGCAGUACCGAUGGUAGUACAUAUGUCUUUCCUUUUGCUUUUCACUUGGUACCUCCCAUAUGCUUUUACUUUGGGUAAGCAGAGGGGGAUGUGUGCGUGCGUGUGGGUGUGUCUGUCUGUCUGUGAGUUUAUUAAGGCUACAAACCAGAGUUGGUUUAAAAUGCUUGGAACUUCCCAAAUGGGCUUUACUUUUAUGUUAUACAGUGCUCAGGGUUAAUGCAGUACAUCCAUGCCAUUGCUGUAAGAUUUCUCCUUAGAUGCAUGUGUUUUGAGCCUAUAAAUAUAGAAAAUAUAUAUUGGUUUCUUUUUCCAACUUAAUAGGUUUAUUAAAGCAUGAAAUGAAAGGUUGCAUAUCAUGCAUUCGGGUUCUUUUCUAGUUUUUGUUCUGACAGUGCAUGUCUUUGAAAGCAUGCGUAAACAGAUUAAUACAGAAGUCAAGUAAUGGAGAGAAACAUUUGUAGGUGUACAGCAUUGGUUAUUGCAUUUUUAUAGUGUUUAUACCUGGGUAUUGCUUCUAACCCUGCAAACUCCUCCCCCAUUCUCCUCCCUGCCCUAGGUUUCUUGUCAAGGUAAUUAGUAUGUACAUUUUUUGUGAUUAAAAACUCUUAAAAGUUAAUUUUAAUGUAUAGAUAAUAUUCCUAAUGUGUGCUGCAAAAAUGGCUAUAAGCCUCAAAGUUAAUGUUUUCAACUUAAACAUAGUUUUGGGAAAAAAAUACAAAUUGGAUUUCAUCUCACAAACAAUCCUUUCUUCAUUGUCUUAGUUUGCUUUGUUACUCACAAAAAGGAAACCUUCUUGAGUUGUAAACUAGGCAGUGAGGAAACACUUGAGGCUUCUGCUGUAUGUUUUUUGUUAAUGUUGUUAUUGUUACCCAGUAACUUGAAUAUUGUUUAAUGUGUUCUAAGGCAUUGUAGACUGUAUCUCAAGCUGUUUAAAAUGGUAAUGUACAAAUGUGAAUAGACACUUAUCUAUAAUAUGGGUAAGUUUUGUUUCGCCUAUAAUAGAUGUUUAUAAAAACAAGUGAGGGGACAGUUGGUCUUUUCUUUUUCUGGUUUGUUUUUUUGUGUUUUUGUGGGGGGGGGGGGUUUUGCUUGCACAGGUUGCACUAUUAAAAAAUUGAGAUUGUAUAAACCUGGUCAAAAGCUGCAAGAUAUCAGCAUCUUGUAGAUGUCAAAUAAAAAAUUAUUAUACUAA